AUGUCCUAUAGAGGUCCUGGAGAAGAGCCGAUUCCAAGGCAACAGCAACAGCAACAAGAGUUCCGUCCAACACCAUUCCAUGUUGGCAAUAAUAACAAUAAUUAUGGUAAGAGCCAACCGAAUCAACAACCAUCUAGUUGGCAACACAAAUUGAAGAACGUUGCUGUAACUUUUGAUAAGUAUACAGCUCCUAUCGAGGAUCUGACCACUCACCCAGCUGUGAUUGCUGUGAGACCAUUUAUUCCAGGAAUUGCCAGAUUUUUAAUUGUUGCUACUUUCUUAGAGGAUUCGUUAAGAAUUGUAACCCAAUGGUCGGACCAAGUCUUUUAUUUGAAUCAAUGGAAACAUUAUAAUUGGUUCUUUGUCGUUUUAUUCCUUGCAACAGUAUCGCUAUCCAUGUUGGUAGGUACCAUUAUGAUAUUGGCCAGAAAACACUUAAAUUAUGCUACUGGACUUUUAGUAGGUUGUAUUGUAAUCCAAUCAUUAGUUUAUGGUCUCUUUAGUGGUUCCUCAUUUUUGUUGCGUAACAUUAGUGUGAUUGGUGGUCUAUUGAUCCAAUUUAGUGAUUCAAUUGUUCAAAACAAGACUACAUUCGGGAUGUUACCUGAAUUAACGGAUCGUAAUGCCGUUCACAAGGGUUAUCUGUUACUAGCAGGUAGAAUUCUUAUAGUUUUAAUGUUUAUGGCCUUUACUCUUAAGAAGUCGUGGUUCACUGUAUUCAUUACCAUCAUAAACACUAUGGCAUUUGCAGUUGGUUAUAAGACCAAACUGGCAUCAAUUAUGUUGGUAGCUAUCCUUACAUUCUACAACGUAUACCUAAACAACUACUGGUUUUACAGUGACGCUCAACGUGAUUUCCUAAGAUAUGAGUUCUUUCAGAAUUUAAGUAUUAUUGGGGGUCUAUUAUUGGUUACGAAUACAGGUGCAGGUACCUUAUCAGUCGAUGAGAAGAAGAAAGUGUAUUAA